GACUUAUAUCACAUAGUAUUUAACCUGGAUAGUACCGUGAAGCUAGCAAGAACCGAAAGUAUUUCCUUAGUCAUAGUUCUAACAAAUUAUUGCAGCGCUAGGCGGACUGAGGCAUCGCGAGCUUAGCGGAGGACGAGGAGAUUUGCUUAUUGAGACAGAACACGCUCUUUAUUCUAGCACCAAACAGGACUGUAAUAGGCACCGAACGAGCACCACGCCGCACGAAAACACAGGGAGGUCAGAUGCUGGAGCAUCAGGUACACACGCUAUUAAGAAGACAUUAAGAAGCUGGACAGAGGGGCCUUUUCUCGGGACUGACCUGCAUUCCAACAAAUCAAAGCUAAUUGAUGUCACAAGCCCCUACAUUAAGAAAAGUGAAGCAGCUCGUAGCAUUUUCUCUUGGCUUUGAGCACUGAUGUGAAUUUCUCUGCAGCAAGGAAGGUGCCAGCGAAAUAGAACUAAGAUUUUUUAUUUUCUGUCACAGUAUUUGUGAAAAUGAAGGUUUAUGACCAUGCGUUUUUGCCCAUUUUUAUAUUUGACUUUAUUUUAUUUUGCGUGGGGACCACAUUUAACGAAGAACUGAACUGGGAGAAACCAUUGGGGCAUAUGUCUACGGGCCGGGUGGUGAGAGAUGUUCCUGAUGGAAGCAAGGUGGAUCUAAGGGAGAAGGGUGCUGCCUCUGUUGAUGCCUGGCACUUCGAGUGCCUUGCACAGGCCCCCAAGACGGAGGGGCCCAAGGUCCAUACCAGGUAUGGAGCCAUGCAGGGUCUCCUCACAGACAUGGUGUACAUAUUCUACGGGAUCCCCUACGCUGACCCUCCUGUUGGUGGGCUCCGUUGGAAGCCCCCAAGCCCGGUGACCUCCUGGAAGGGAUUGUACGACGCAACCUUCCCCAGAGCCGCCUGCAUGCAGUCUUGCGUUGGUCUUUGUACCACUAAGGUAAGCGAGGACUGCUUGUACCUCAACAUCUUUGUGCCUUUAGAUGUUGACUUUUCGAAGCCCCCGGUCAAACCCUUGCCUGUCAUGGUCUGGAUCCAUGGGGGGGAUUUCGUUGCUGGAAGUGCUUCCAACUCGCUCUACGAUGGCAGAUUCAUUAGCAACUUCACCCACACGGUGGUGGUGAGCGUGGAGUAUCGCUUAGGAGCUUUUGGAUUCCUCGUUUCCGGACAAGACCCCAAAUCAGCAGCUGUGGGAAACUAUGGGAUCUUGGACCAACAGGCGGCCCUGCUCUGGAUUCAGCAGAACAUCGCUGUCUUUGGGGGCAACCCCAACAAUGUGACCAUCUUCGGGGAGAGUGCGGGAGCUCAGUCCGUUAGCCUGCACCUGAUGAUGCAGAGCAGCCAGCCCCUGUUCCGGCAGGCAGUGGUACAGAGCAUGCCCUUCACCAUACCCUUGAAGAACAGACGUGAGGCUUUGUGGCUGGGGAAGGAGUUUGCCAAGGUGGCGAACUGCUCCAUCAAUGACAUUGCCUGCCUGCUGUGUCUCAGUCCCCAGGCAGUGUUAACAGCCCAGAAGAUAGCAGGCUCUAAUAUGGUCAACCCAUUCCACUUACUGGAGAUGUUUCAGACAUGGGGGCCCUUCAUUGACGGCGUACUGAUCAAGGAGCAGAGCAUCACGGCCUUCCAGAAGGGCGACUGGCAGAAGGAAAAGCCCGUUCUCUUCGGGACCACGUCGGAGGAGGGGGUGGUAUUCAUUUACGGGGUCUUCACCUACCCCGUGUCAGAGUUGGAGUGUGUCUUCUACGUCACCGCCAUCUUCAAGCAGCACGCCCUCAAGAUCCUGCAGGAGUACCUGCCACUGUACAAGGACGCGGACAUGAGGACCAUGAUGUCGCAGAUCGUGACCGAUUAUGUGUUCCUGUGCCCUUCCCGCAAGUCGGCCCGCGACAGUGCCCAGAUGGGCAGCGCUGUGUGGAUGUACAUCUUUGACCACGUGGCCAGCGACCUCCGCGUCUGGGACGGCCUGGCCUUCUGCUUCGAGCACGUCUGCCACGGCGCCGAGGUGCCCUUCCUGUUUGACUCCGGCCCCGUGGCAAACUUCACUCUCUCGCCGGCUGAGAAGCUGCUCGCAGGCAGCAUCCUGUGCUACUGGGGCACUUUCGCACGUGGAGCCAAUCCCAGCUCCCCGGUCGCCCAAAGCGCCUUUUGCCGACAGCAGAGUCCAGUGCGUUGGCCGAGGUACACGGCUGAAAAUGAUUGGCUAAUGAUGAACCUCACUUUGAGUAGCCACGCCCAGACAAGCCCCCGGGACCACAUCUGUGACUUCUGGGACAAGCUUGGCAUUUACUAGGGCAUGUGUCUGUGACCUCUCAACUGUUUAUCUACUUUAUCUCACCACACAUCUUAAUGCAUCAUAAUUUAAAUUUUAAUGUGAAUGUGAUGUCACCUCAAUCUGAACGCGAUGUGAAAGGCCUUUUCCUGAACGCUGUAAAUGUCUUGUUAAGUACGGCUGCUUGAUUCAGCCACCAUAUUUGCAUUAAUGAAUCCUCCACCUCCUGCGUUCUGCGACCACGCCUGCGAUGUGCUUGCAUUACUUCCCUAGCUAGAAUGACCGCAAGAUUCAUGCUAUGCAGCAGCCAAUCAGCUGGCUACCUCGGCACUCGAGUUUCCUUUUAUGGCUGUGGGCUCACGGUCACAUGGCCCUUUGCCCCGCCAGAGCCCCUGUCUGUAAACAUGUUGACCUUCACGUGUGCAGCCAGUUGUGGAAUGACUUAUAUGCAUUUAUGUGUUACUAUCAGAAAUGGCCUCCUUCCUGUCCCUGAAAUCUACUUGGGUAAAUAAAGCUGAGAUGGAUCUAACCC